AAUCGCUAGUUUCAGGUGGUGGAAGGCCGGAGAGGAACUUCAAUUCCCAAAAUGCCAUGCGCCGGGAAUUCCCGGAAUCUGGUUUUUGCAGAGGGGAGGGCCUGGUUUCGGGGAUUUAGUGGAAACCGGAAAACAGGUCUGCAGAUUGAUCACUCCUCUACAUCCCGGCAGCACUCUCACAGACUUGGGACUGUCUCCUCUGUACGACCGGCAGGAUAAUGUCCUAGUGAUUGCAUCGCACAGCUCCGUGCAAAGAGGCCACUUCAUGCAGCCCAUGGAUGACUUCCCUAGAUUAUGACCUCAAAUAAGAAUCCACGCUUUAACCAUUUCUCAGCUGGAGCCUCCAAUCUCCCAUUAACAGAAAACAGCAACGGGACUAGAAUGGAGACGACGUUUGGUCCUGCAUUCUCAGCAGUGACUACGAUUACUAAAGCCGAUGGAACCAAGCACCGCCGGACCCCCUCCUCAUCCAGUACGCUGACGUUUUCCCCGCGGGAUGAAGACGAUGUUAUGCCUCCAAUCAGCACCCCGAGACGCUCGGAUUCUGCCAUUUCUGUACGGUCCCUGCAUUCCGAGUCCACCAUGUCCCUGAGGUCCACGUUCUCGCUCCACGAAGAAGAAGAAGAGCCGGAACCGCUAGUGUUUGCGGAGCAGCCCUCGGUGAAACUCUGUUGCCAGCUCUGCUGCAGCGUCUUUAAAGAUCCUGUCAUUACCACAUGUGGGCAUACGUUCUGCAGGAGGUGCGCUCUGACAUCUGAAAAGUGUCCAGUGGAUAAUGCCAAACUAACGGUGGUCGUGAACAACAUUGCUGUUGCCGAGCAAAUUGGAGAGCUUUUCAUUCACUGUAAAUAUGGCUGCCACCCCUCCUCCAAUGGCAAGCCAGCAACUUUUGAGGUGGAUCCUCGCGGCUGCCCCUUCACCAUUAAAUUAAGUGCCAGAAAAGACCAUGAAGGGAGCUGUGAUUACCGACCGGUUCGUUGUCCUAAUAACCCCAAUUGCCCCCCGUUAUUAAAGAUGAACUUGGAAGCUCAUUUAAAGGAGUGUGAACACAUCAAGUGCCCUCAUUCCAAGUAUGGGUGCAUUUUUAUAGGAAACCAAGACACCUACGAGACGCACCUAGAAACGUGCAAAUUCGAGGGGCUGAAGGAAUUUCUGCAGCAGACAGACGAUCGGUUUCACGAAAUGCAGGUGGCCAUGACGCAGAAGGACCAGGAGAUUGCAUUUCUGCGCUCCAUGCUAGGGAAGCUCUCUGAGAAGAUCGACCAGCUGGAGAAGAACCUUGAGCUCAAAUUUGAUGUUCUGGAUGAAAACCAGAGCAAGCUGAGUGAAGACCUGAUGGAGUUUCGUAGAGACGCCUCCAUGCUGAAUGAUGAACUCUCCCAUAUCAAUGCCCGGCUGAACAUGGGAAUCCUAGGCUCCUAUGAUCCUCAGCAGAUAUUUAAAUGCAAAGGCACCUUUGUGGGACACCAGGGCCCUGUGUGGUGUCUGUGUGUGUAUUCCAUUGGAGACCUGCUCUUUAGCGGCUCAUCGGACAAGACGAUUAAGGUGUGGGACACGUGUACAACAUAUAAGUGCCAAAAGACUCUGGAGGGACAUGAUGGCAUUGUACUCGCUCUCUGUAUUCAAGGAAGCAAGCUGUACAGUGGCUCAGCAGACUGCACUAUUAUUGUGUGGGACAUUCAGACUCUGCUGAAGGUUAAUACCAUUCGAGCGCACGACAACCCUGUCUGCACCUUAGUGUCAUCACAUAAUAUGCUGUUCAGCGGCUCCCUGAAAGCCAUCAAGGUGUGGGACAUUGUGGGCACAGACUUGAAACUAAAGAAGGAGCUUACGGGCCUAAACCACUGGGUGCGGGCGCUUGUGGCCUCCCAGAACUACUUGUACAGUGGGUCUUACCAAACCAUCAAGAUUUGGGACAUCAGAACUUUGGAGUGUGUCCAUGUCCUGCAAACUUCGGGUGGCAGUGUGUACUCCAUCGCUGUAACCAACCACCAUAUUGUCUGUGGAACAUAUGAGAACCUUAUACACGUCUGGGACAUUGAAUCCAAAGAGCAAGUGAGGACACUGACGGGACAUGUUGGGACAGUCUAUGCACUGGCUGUCAUAUCCACACCUGAUCAAACCAAGGUUUUCAGCGCCUCGUACGACAGAUCACUAAGGGUAUGGAGUAUGGAUAACAUGAUCUGCACUCAGACGUUGCUCAGACAUCAGGGUAGUGUCACGGCUCUGGCAGUGUCGCGGGGUCGCCUCUUCUCUGGUGCAGUGGACAGUACAGUGAAGGUCUGGACUUGCUAAAUACUGCUCAGUGAUAGGAGUCGGCAAAACCAAAUUCCAUAACCCUGUUCCCAGACGGAGGAUCUGCCAUAGGGCCAGCCAUGGAUUUGCAGCUGAUUUUUAAACUUCACAAUGGACACUUGGUGCCUGCAGGACUUCUAGGACAGGCUUGGCAUGGGGCUCACACAAAAUUGGGAGAUGUUGACUUUCUUCAGGCUGGAUUGGCCUUAUUUGCUCAUAGGAUGCUGGAACUCUGAGCUGCUUCACAGAGGGGGAGACGCCUUCACUACUACUUGUGUAAAUAGUCUGCAUCACUUGCACUUUCCAGUGUGAGGAAGGAACUCAGCUGAAGAUUAAAGAAUGGAGAGUAUCAAAAGGUUAAUAACUCACCACAUUGAGGAAAAGGUGCACCGGCCUGAGCCCUUAGCAUUGGGAGCGGAUAAACCCGAAAAACUUGUAGCGCAGGCAGGCACUCAGAAUAAAGGGCAGGUAAAAUCACGUCGAAAAAAAGUUUAUAAUGUCCACAUAUACAGCCUUACGCGAUUCGUCAUAGGAACUUCGCUGCCACACUCACCAAACACAACCAGAUCCACUCUCUUCAACUGCAACUCUUACCUUCUCCUCCAAGCAAUGUAAUUCUGAAUCUCUGCUGUGGGUCAGCACCUCUGGCAUCUCCCAGCAACGUCUUAUUUCAGCCACAGCGCUUGCCUGUUUCACGUAUACUGUAGUCGCUGUGUUUGUUCAUAGCCCCAUGGAGUCCUUUCAGCCGGGGGGGAAGGUAUUGUCAAUGUGAUUUGUUUGUGCUGAGGAUGCAAUUACUGUGAUGAAGACAAUUAUUAGUCAGUGUGAAUGCCAAACCUUCUUGUAGGCUCCCGGCUUCCAGUGGUAUCUGGGUGAUUGUUCAUUGUAGUCUCCAGACUAUGAGAAAACCUGUAAGUAUCUUCUUUACUGUAAAUCGCAAAGCCAAGGGAUUGUAUAGCAGAUGUGUGUGACACCGACUCGCUACACUUCCCAUCACUUUAUAUUCACGGUUUUGUACGUGUGCACAUAACGGUUAUACUUGUGCACGUUAUACAUUACUGCUAUAAAUUCCACAUAUGGACAUUCUGUCUAAUAUCUAUGUACAUACAGGUUUUUAUCCCCCUCCCAUAAAUGAAUAAUGAAAUGGUGCUGUAAUUUCCUUCCCUUGACAGCGUUGCCAAGUGCAGGGAUCCAUAGCAAUGCAAGUGCUGUACACUGACCCACAACAUGAAUGAAUCUUGCUCCAUGAUGAUCCCGUGCCUAUAGAAACACACACUGCAGCCAAACUGUCACCCCACUCACAAAGGACAGUGCAUAUUGUUUAUAUUUAAUGUGAGGAUCCAAUCACUUUCCUAGAAUUGACAGCAGCCAAUAUCCCAGGUACGCUUAUUCCAAUCUCUCACAUAUUCGCACUCCCCAACCUUCCCGCGUGCAGGAUUAUACAUUUUUACUCCACGGUUUUCUACUGUUUUUAAGGCCUGUAUGAUGGAAUGACUGUACAACUGAUCCUUUCAUUUCUAAUAAAACUGCGGCAAAGUC